AUGGGGAGUCUCGUUGUUAACGGAGCUGCUCUCUUGGCUUUGUUGUGGUUCAAUGUUUUUGUGGUGAAUUAUGUGGCUGCAAGAGAAGGUGUGACCUUUGGAAAAGAUGAAGAGGAGAAGACCAUCAUAGGCGGAGGAAAGGGCUUUGGAGGUGCCAUUGGUAAAGGUGGAGGCAUUUUCGGCCACGGAAUAGGCAAAGGCGGUGGUUUUGGAGGUGGCAUUAGUAAAGGUGGAGGCUUUGGUGGUGGAAUCGGCAAAGGUGGUGGGAUUGGAGGCGGCAUUGGAAAAGGUAAAGGAUGGGGCUUUGGCGGCGGAAUAGGCAAAGGUGGUGGUAUUGGAGGCGGCAUUGGAAAAGGUAAAGGAUGGGGCUUUGGUGUUGGCUGGUUUGGACACCACUGA